CGUCGGCUUAUCAGAGCGACUUUCCGGUGCAGUUGCCUGCUCGCUUGUGACGGCUGCAAGAUGUCUGGGGCUCGCCGAAGCUAUUGUGCACCAGAAGCAACAAGCUCACAGGACUCCUUGAACGGCCUUCAGGUCAAAGUGGAGCUGAGAAAUGGCCAUCAAGUUCCGUGCAAGUUAUCCGCAGCAAGCGUCCCGUAUCUCGCCCAAUGCGUAAACUGCGGCUUUUACGCGCUGGAAUGGGCCACACUAAGAUGCGGUCAUAGCCUGUGCGAAGGAUGCUUCGUUGAAUGCGAGGAGUACUUUUGUGCCUUCGACCAAGUAACGACUAGGAAAUUUGAGCGGAACCUGCGUCAAAUUUCUACUUUUGUGCAGGCGAAAUCAGGAAGGUGCCAGUACACGGUGUACAAAGACGUCCUCAUCGAAUGUCCAUGUUGCUCACGCUCAAGGGACUUGUAUACCAUUGCGACACACAUUGAAAAUUGCCACUCAAAAUUUUCUGUUCGAAACUCCAGUACGACACCGAAUUCGGCGCCUCGGAACGAAAGAAAAUUCUGCGACAGCAAGGAUCAUUAUGAUAAGAGCCUCCACAGUUUGGGUGGUAGAGGCCUGGAAUCGCUGAGGCCGGAAGCAGCGGAACCUCCUCAAAGUGCCAGUAACACUAAAAUGUUUACCGAAGACGACUACCUUGACUCACCGCAGGAAGAUCCUGGGAACACACUGGGCCGCAAGACUUUGCGGUCUCUUUGUAGCGAGCCGCACUUGAAGCAAAGCGACAGAAAGGAGCACGAGAAAAUCAGCCAAAUCCGUGACAGGGAAUGCGAAAACUACAAGAUAGCAGUGCCCGAGAAAGAUUUCGCGCCACACUACAACGGGCUAUACGUCACAGAACACUGCGAUGAAGGCGCAGCAAAGCUCAGAGUUAAGGAAGAAGAGGAUGACAGGAGCGAAGACGAGAUACUAGACGAUGAAAUCCGAGGACUUAAGGCUAAAAUACAAAUGCUAGAAGAACGGCUUGAGGAGAUCGAAAAACCUCUUCGGAAGAUCAUUCAGCGACUUUCCAAAAACCAAUAGUGGUUUUGUUUGAUGAAUAUGUGUUUGAUGUUGUGGGAAUAAUGCUAAAAUUUUGAACAUCCUAUUCUUUGAAUAAUUUUGUGUCAACCAAGCGUAAAAGCGAAAUGGACUCGAAAAAGCAAAAAAGUAAAUAAAUGAAAAUAUGACACAGGUAGGUCCUUUGUUUAAAGAUUGAAAGGUGUGAAAUUGUUCGUUGUCGAAAGAUUUUCAAAAUUGAGAAACGAUUCUGCAAUUGAAUUAUCCACAGACGUACUCGUGAAUGAUAUUAGUAAGGUAACGCUACAUUUGCAUUUAGGUGCCCAAAAUCCAAAUGCCUUUGCGUAUUUACCCAUGUGUAUGUAACUGAGGGCCAUCUCUUUCUAUUUUAUAUAUAGUUACUGGCAGGUGACGUACCAUCUUGAUCACACUUUAUAUCGCCAUAACAGGUCGUGGCCACGCCGUGUCAGGGAUGGACAGUAAUUGCAGUAUCUUCUGGCUUAUUUGUUUGUUUCAUUUACCUUUCAGCUUUUUAAAUGUAAUUGUGCCUAAUUGAGGCUAGAAGAAACAGUUAACAAAAUAUUGACAGGCGUAGGCAGGUCGUGUUCUUUAUUGUUAUUGUAGUAGUUAUUAGUAGUAUAAGUAGUAGUAAUAUAAGCAGUAAUGGUAGUAGGUGUACUACUACUGCUACUAUUAGUAUCUUUUUUCUUUUUUCAUUCGCAAGCAAACAAAAAGGACUGAAGCAAAGGGUGCUUUAUACACCUAACAAAGACUGCUACCCCCACAGGUCGCAACAGCUACGGAUAGAAAAGGGCGCAUAAAUGCAUUCUUCUUUUUCUUUUUUUCUCUUGCCAUGCUCCUAUACCCAGACGUUCGUUUUUAUUACCUACCAAGUCAAAACACCACAGCAAAGGGUAAGGAUAAAGUUGGGCAUAGAACAGUAGGCCCGUAGAAACUUUAUGAGGACGCUUAUUAGGCUUCUUUCCAAGGUUUUAGUCCUAACAGCGACGAUGCUGGGGGAAAGCACUGAAAGCUUACAGUUUCCUGCAAUAUUACCUUGAAGAUUAUCCAGCGCCACUGUCUAUGCGAGUUUCCCUAAGGGCGCAGCGCCAUCCCGUGAAUAUCGCUUGCGGAAGGUUUUUCUGUAACGUGCCUAGACCUAAAGUAUCGUUAUGCUUGUUCAGCUAAGCUUGUCCUAACACUGCAUAAGAUAUUUUGAUUGACUCGUCCUACAUCUUUCAAUAACCUUCGUUCACAUAUAGUAAAGCAAGCAAGAUAAGAAAACGUGAGCCUACGAUUGGAACAUACUUGCAGUUAGCAGGGACUUCGCAGUCUUUUUUCGAACUUGAUCUGCUCACCCGUACGUUAAAGUCUCGCUAUUCGCAGAAUGGAGCGAAAUGUCUUAUGCUGUAAUAAUAAUAAUAACCCUGCUUGGACUUCUUGUCCGCAGUAUUGUAUAAAUAAAAUAAAAAAGAUUUCGUGUCCACUA